AGAUAUAUGGUCAUGUCUAUGCUAUAUCGAAAUCCGACCUACUUGGACGGCUACGUGAGCGCGAUACCAUUCCACAGUUGGCUCUCGCAGUAGAGAUGUAGCAUCCAGCAUCUGAGGCUCCACUUCCGAAGGUGUGAAGGGAAUCUUGUAGUAUGUAUAUUCAUUGGUUGCAGCGCAGUGCAUCUCCCUGGACGAACACUCCUAGAGCGGAGAAGACUUAUUUAGAUAGACGGGUCCCUUGAACAAACUUUAACACAAACUCCCCAGCUCAGUAUCGAUAGGUAUACCAUCAGAAUCCAGAGAGGUUGACAUGAUGGGACUCUCUAAGAUAGCAAUCAUCGCCGCGCAAACUAAGGAGUCACGGUCCACGAGCCAACAAAGCUUUAGCAUAGCUACAGUCUUCACGCCCAUGCUAAUGACGAUUCUGCGAUGUCAGCAAUUGCUCGGUAUAGCAACCUUGUCCCUUCACAGGCAAGCAUGUUGGCUAGUAUGGCAGAUAUUCCAAAUCUGCUCUAUUAUAGCGAAUAAAGCGCAUGGGGUGUUAAGGGGUGCUCAGUACCAUGCAGUCGUCAUGAUAAGGACAGUUUGGGAAGCUAGGUUUCUUCAGUCCUUAAGGAAGAAGAUCGCAUUCGAAUUGUUCACAUUGUUCCUUGGAGCAGGUGGUAACUCCUUAUGCCUGUUGUUGUUUUGGCCGGGAUGGUGGGUUGUUGCGCUACUUGGGGUGACGGGACGUAUGUUUCUUGGUUAACAAUGUGUACGAUGGCAGUCUCUCGGGGCAUACCAAGGCGAUGCGAUUAUAAUGCGUGU